AAUGCAAGUGGUUAUUCACUAUACUAUCAUACAUAAAAGUUUAAGAUGCAUAGGAGCAGCAAGGUCUUGUGCCCCAAAUCUCAUAUUCCUCCAGGUAUUGCACAGUUCAGCGGCGGACUGACAACUCAUGGGGCCCCCGGGCAAUAGGGGAUCAUGGGGCCCCUGUAUCCUCACCCACACUCAAACCACACCCAAAAAAGCCUAUGAAAGGUAACAGGGGCAUCUCAUGGGGCCCCCUACUGACCCCGGGCCCUCGGGCAGUGCCCGAGUUCCCAAAUGGUCAGUCCGCCCUUG